AUGGAGGUUUUCUGUCGAAAUGUCCCUCAGGACUUGUCAGAAGAGGGCUUCAUACAAGAACUCAUGCCAUUUAUGAAGGCUUUGAACAUCACAGACUUUUAUUGUGAAAAGCCAAAGAGAAGGCCUCAAGCAUGGAUCAAAUUCCUCAAUCCCGGCGAUGGCUACUCGUUUCUUGAAAGACAUGGCAAACAACAGCGUCACGACGUACCACAGAAGGAGAACAUAAACCCCCGAUAUCCUUUCAAGACCAACUUCAGACCAAAGGAUACCCCGCGUCUCCAUAUUCUCAAGACACCUGUGUUUGUUGAGAAGAGUACUCGCGCCCUCGACAAGCAUUCCAUCGCACAUCUCAAGCAUGAACGCGAAAAGAAGCAGCAAAAGGCUGCUGCUGCUGCUACCGCUACUGAAGACCGUCAAGCUCCAGAUAGAGCCUUCAUUAUCAACAGCAUCAGUUGUGGUGGCAACACUUUUCGCGGUCCCGAACAGGUAAUCACCUUCGUUGAGCACAACAGUCUGAUCUUGCUCGGAGACGUUAUUGGCAAGUUCACGCCGCAAUGGUUGACUGUCUACGACGAAGACGGAUACCGUAUGGAUUUUCACAACGACACUAUUCAGGAUCUUAUUGCUAGUCGCAAUGAUGCAUCCAUCACUUUGGUCUUGACUGAACCUCCAAAGAUGUACACGCCUCACAAAUCAGACAAUCCAAAUCAGGCGUGGAAACGAGUACAGGGUCUGGUCAACUGGGGGCUCAUUCGCGAAUACUCGUCGUCGUGCCUCGUCUAUCGCAUCUUCUUCAACUCCUUAAACGACAUGAACGAGGUCCUUCGGUCUGUGAAGCAUCGAGAUAUUCUCGCCGUCACUUAUCACGAUCUCCCAUCCGUUCUGUGGUCAUACGUGGAACCCGAGAGCAACCAUUUCCUCGGCCGCCAGCAAUUCACAGAGAAGGCUAAGCGCCUGCUGGCAUCAGGAAAUGUUCACUUUGCUCUUCUCUUCCAAGUCCAAGCUCUGGUCUGGAACAACUACAUCAACCCCGCGAGCGGCAUAGAACUGCUGCAUAUCCUCGAUCAAGUCAUUACGGAUGCUAAAGAGAAGAAAGUCGCGGCCCCCGUCACCACAGAUGCCAUGAAGACCCUUUUUCAGAAGAUACCCUAUCCUUGUCCUGGCACGGAUCCUGAUGAGCUGAAUGUUGUCACGUUGAUGGCCAGCAUCAUGGAUGAAGAGUAUGAGGCCAGGGCGGAGAACCCCAAGCGUGACAGAAUCUACGGAGCCAAGAUUCCAGAUCAUCAGAUCUAUAUCUUCAAGGCUAUGGUGACGCCCACGCGCGUUCUUCUCUCUGGUCCCGAGCCCGAUAGCAAGAACAGAGUGUUGCGAAAGUACCACGAGAACAAUGACUACUUCUUACGCGUGCUCUUCUGCGAGGAAGAUGGCCAGGACCUCAACUUUCAUCCGAAAGUCGAUAACGAACCAAUCUUUGCCCGGUUCCGACAUGUCAUGGACGAGGGCAUCACAAUUGCCGGUCGAAAGUUUGAUUUCCUGGGUUUCUCUCAUUCAUCUCUUCGUUCUCACUCGGCCUGGUUCUCUGCGCCUUUCACCGAUUCAAAUUUUGAGCGCCAGACUCCUGCAGCUAUUCUGCAAGCCCUGGGAGACUUCAGCGAGAUUCGAGUUCCGGCAAAGUGUGCAGCACGAAUCGGCCAGGCUUUCUCAGAAACACCAUAUGCAGUCCCGAUUUUUGAAACCGGCAUAAGCCAUCGGUUCAUUCCAGAUGUCAAAUCUGAGGAUGGAAAACGUGUAUUUAGUGAUGGUGUUGGGACGAUCUCCAGAGACGCGUUAGAAGAGAUAUGGCCUUACCUCUCGAUGCGAGCUGCAGCACCAACAUGUCUACAGAUCCGCUGGGGUGGUUGUAAGGGAAUGCUUUCUCUUGAUACCCGACUCACAGGGAAAGUUUUCUGUAUUCGACAGGAGUCAAUGAUGAAGUUCCCAAGUGACGAUAUUAGAGAGCUCGGCAUUUGCGACGCUUCAUCUAAACCUCUUCGACUCGUUCUCAACCGCCAGAUGAUCAAGAUCUUGGAAGAUAUGGGGACACCCAAUGAUUGGUUCUUUAGACUGCAGAAUAACGCACUUGACAUACUGCGCAACGUCACAGCUGACGCGACCAACACGAGCUAUUUCCUAGACUAUCAGGCUAUCGGCGUCAAUAUGGGACUGCCCAAGUUGGUCAAGCAGUUGUACAAGAUGGGCAUUGACUACCGCCGGGAUAAGUUCCUCAAGUCAGCGGUUGAACACGUCGUUUUGCGAGAACUGAGAUUGCUGAAGCACAAGGCCCGCAUUCCUGUUGAUCAGGGGGUGACUCUUUUUGGCGUCAUGGAUGAGACGGGAUUCCUAAAUGCUGGUGAGGUCUUUGUCACCUACGACAAGACACACGGCGUCUACAGAGGUCGUCGCAUCAACUCCACACUCAAAGAUGGCCGAAUCAUUGUCACACGGUCACCAGCUCUUCACCCAGGAGACAUUCAGACCGUCAACCAAGUGACCCCUCCACAGGGACAUCCUCUACGAAGCUUACAGAACUGCAUCAUCUUCAGCCAGAAGGGCGAACGUGACUUGCCUAGUAUGCUGAGUGGAGGCGACUUGGACGGUGACCUCUAUAACAUUAUCUGGGACCCAGAAGCAUUGCCCGAAAAGUACUUCUUACCAGCAGACUACCCAAGAGUUACACCAAAGCCACUGGAUCGCCCAGUCAAGCCCCAGGACAUUGCCGACUUUUUCGUUAACUUUAUGCGAACUGAUAUCUUGGGCAUGAUCGCUACAAGACAUGUCGUCUUGGCAGAUUAUUAUGAAGAGGGAACGACACAUCCUUACUGCAUUUCCCUCGCGGGCAUGCAUUCUACAGCGGUCGACUUCUCCAAGACAGGUAUUCCUGUCGAUGUAAAGGCUUUGCCCAGGAACCCUCCGUUCCGUCCUGAUUUCCUUGCAACGGCACCGCCUCUGAAGAUGUACGAAAAGGGUCAGAUCGGUCAUCUGCAUGACGAAGAUGAAGAUGACAACGCCGACGAUGGCAUGGCUCGUUAUAAAGCAAAGUACUACGAGUCUGACAAAAUCCUCGGCCGUCUAUAUCGAAAUGUCGAUGAGAAGAAGAUCUGGGAUGAAGAUAUUCAUCGCAUUAUCAACACAGCUGGACCCUCUGUUUGGGAUCAAUUGUUAACCGUUGUUAAGAGCGAGGUGAACAAGUAUAAGCUUGAUGUUGAUUGGACACGCAGGUCCGACGAGGCGUGGAAGAUUCGAGGCCUCUACGAGUCGACUAUCACCGACAAGAUGUGGCACUUUUCAGAAAACCCUCGUGCGCCUCUUACAGAAGUCGAAGUCUUCUGCGGUUUCAUCCUCAACAAGCGCGGUGCCCAAACACGCCGCCAAGGAGACUCAUCUAUCAAACUAAAAGAAGAAAUCGACCGCAUCAUGACAUGGAUCGUCAAGCAGAUCCGCGAUCGCGGUGUAGGCGACGGCGCAGAAACUCUCAGCACAGCCACCGACGCAGACGCAGCUCCUUCGCGCUGGAGAGAAGACGUCGUAGAGCUAUGCUGGGCGCGAGCUGGAGAGUUUCAGAAUCGUGGCGGCUUGUUGUCUGCUGAAGGAGCUGAAUAA